CUGGCGCUUCUCGCGAGAACUGGGGGAUGCCGAUGCUGCUCCUGCCGCCGUCGCCGCCUCUGAGGGGGAGACACUCGGGGGGAGCCAGUGACGUCGGGAGUUUUCCUGAAAGUCAAUAACGAGCCUGGCGGAGGCGGCAGGAGCCGAGCGCUGGGCCCCGCGCAGCUCCUAGUGAGUUGAGCCGGGAGAAGCCGCCGCCCUGUCUCCGCGGAUGCCUCGGCCGAGCUGUCUGAGCGGGCGCCUCCCUGAAUAGCGGAGAGAAGCUGUCCAUGUAGCCGCCGCCCCUGCUGCGUCUCCUUAGAGCGCUGCUGCCGCGGCCGGGACCUUCUCCGCAUCCAGGGGCCAAGGACCGAGCCUGGCGCGGGGACGACGAGGCGGCGGGGGCCCCUGCUGGAGCCGUUGUUUUCCCGCCAGUUCCGCACCAGCGGCCACCCUCGCCUUUGCAGCAGAUUGAUUUGUGACUAGAUUCUUAAAAGCCAGAAGAGAACUGAAACCCUGGUACUGCAAAAUACUGUUUCUGAGUUGAGGGCUCAGUGUGAAGUCAUCAUGAGCGAUGUAACAAUUGUGAAAGAAGGCUGGGUUCAGAAAAGGGGAGAAUAUAUUAAAAAUUGGAGACCAAGAUACUUCCUCUUGAAGACAGAUGGCUCGUUCAUCGGAUAUAAGGAGAAACCCCAAGAUGUGGAUCUACCAUAUCCUCUUAACAACUUUUCAGUAGCAAAAUGCCAGCUAAUGAAAACAGAGAGACCAAAACCAAAUACAUUUAUUAUCCGAUGUCUUCAGUGGACCACUGUGAUAGAAAGGACUUUUCAUGUAGAUACACCAGAAGAACGGGAAGAAUGGACAGAAGCCAUUCAAGCAGUAGCAGACAGACUUCAAAGGCAGGAAGAGGAAAGGAUGAACUGUAGCCCAACAUCACAGAUUGAUAAUAUAGGAGAGGAGGAGAUGGAUGCAUCCACAACCCACCAUAAAAGAAAGACAAUGAAUGAUUUUGAUUACUUAAAACUCCUUGGAAAAGGCACUUUUGGCAAAGUUAUUCUGGUCCGAGAGAAAGCAAGUGGGAAAUAUUACGCUAUGAAGAUUUUGAAAAAAGAAGUUAUUAUUGCAAAGGAUGAAGUGGCUCACACACUUACAGAAAGCAGAGUAUUGAAAAACACUAGACACCCUUUUUUAACGUCUUUGAAAUAUUCCUUCCAGACCAAGGACCGUUUGUGCUUUGUAAUGGAGUAUGUUAAUGGAGGAGAGCUGUUUUUCCAUUUGUCGAGAGAGCGGGUGUUCUCUGAGGAUCGCACACGUUUCUAUGGUGCAGAAAUUGUUUCUGCUUUGGACUAUCUGCAUUCUGGAAAGAUUGUGUAUCGUGAUCUCAAGUUAGAGAAUCUAAUGUUGGAUAAAGAUGGACACAUAAAAAUUACAGAUUUUGGACUUUGCAAAGAAGGGAUCACAGAUGCGGCUACUAUGAAAACAUUCUGUGGAACACCAGAGUAUUUGGCUCCUGAGGUUUUGGAAGAUAAUGACUAUGGUCGUGCAGUGGACUGGUGGGGUCUUGGAGUUGUCAUGUAUGAAAUGAUGUGUGGCAGAUUGCCAUUCUACAACCAGGAUCAUGAAAAGCUUUUUGAACUAAUACUAAUGGAAGAUAUAAAAUUUCCUCGAACUCUCUCAUCUGAUGCAAAAUCAUUGCUUUCAGGUCUACUAAUAAAAGAUCCAAAUAAACGACUUGGUGGAGGACCAGAUGAUGCUAAAGAAAUUAUGCGGCAUAGUUUCUUUAUUGGAGUAAACUGGCAAGAUGUAUAUGACAAAAAGGUGGUGCAGAAGUUCCAUGUGCUGGUUCCUCAUUUCUUGACAAGAGUUCUUCAGAAGCUGCUUGUCCCUCCCUUUAAACCUCAAGUGACAUCUGAGACAGACACCAGAUACUUUGAUGAAGAGUUCACUGCUCAGACUAUUACAAUAACGCCACCUGAAAAAUAUGAUGAAGAUGGUAUGGACUGCAUGGACAAUGAAAGACGACCACAUUUUCCUCAGUUUUCCUAUUCUGCAAGUGGACGGGAAUAGCUUGUUGUUUUGUUCUGCUGAUUCACAGGCAUAUUAGGUUUAUUACUGAAAAUGAGUACUGAACAUCACCACCAGUGCUUGCUAUUAUUUAAGAUAGCAAAGCACUUUCAGAGAUCAUUCCAAUUCCCUUCCUGCCCAGUCAGCCUCUAUGGUUUAUCUGCAUGAUGUUUUAUAUUGGUCUAAGUUCCCCUGCUGUUGAUGCUGUCCACUGUCUCAGCAUGAGAGAAACAGCAAGAAGCAAUCCGAAAAUAAUGUGACGUUAGAUGACAAAUUCUCGAUGGUGCAUUUUGUGCACAGCUGGUUAUCUUUCUCUUGUCUCUUCAAAGGAGAUGCUAAAGGACAUGCCAGUCUGAGAAGUAUUCCUCACUUCUUCUAGAAGACAAAUCAAAAUUCUAGUAAAAAAACUACAUAGUUUAUGAUAUUUCCUCACAUCUGUUUGAGCUGGACAGACCUGGGAAAUGUAGAAGGUGGUGGUGCAGCACUUUUGUUAAGCAUAUCAUCACUUGAAUUAGACUUGUCAUUAACAUCUGGAUGAAAACUUCCAAGAGAAGGACUUAUAACUGUUAAUAUAUAAAUAUAUAUAAAUAUAUAUAUUAUUUUUUAAUUACUGUUGGAUACUACACAAAAAACAGAAGGGCAGGGAUCACCUAGCCUCCUACUUAGACUUCCAGAUUCAUGUGCAAUUAUGGAGAAUGGAACCUUUAAAUUGUAAGAAGUUAAAGGGAGAAAAGCAGCAGCUAAUUUUUUUAAAGUCUUAUAAUUUGCAUCAGAUAACAUUUCUCUCAUGUUUUUCCUUUUCAUUGUUGAUAAACAUCACCUUUUGUGGCUGAAGAAUGUAUACAGGCAUAACAACAGCGCUUUUCACCAAAAUUUGUACAACAAGGUAAACAGGAGUUUGCCUUUACAUUUUUUUAAUUAUUUUGAGUUUGUGAAUUAGCUUUUUUUUCUUCAGGUAUUUAACUGAAUAUUUUUGUUACACUGCAGUAGUAUUUAUUUUUUAGUGACAACGAUUGUAUGUGUCAUGUUUGCUGCUACAUCCUGAAAAGAGGCUUAUUAUUUCGUUUAUGGAAGGACUUUACAAGCUGAACAAAACAAUGCACUUUCUCCCAUGUGAAAUUUUAAUAAGAUUCUGAAAGUGUACCUUAUACUUUGAAUUGGGUUUCUGUAGCUAAAGUAUUACAUUAUGGUCAAGAGAAAAUCCCAAAGCCAUGUAUCCAAAGGAUUUGUGUACUUUCCACUCAAGGUGAAUGUUGUAUAGGAAUCUAGCAGCAUCACUGAAAACACAUUCAUGCUAAUAAAUCUACAGUGAUUACAAUGGGGAAACCAUUUUAUUAUAUCAUUGCAAAGGUCAGAUCAGGUUAACGGGUAUGGCGAUUCUUAGUAAUAUUUGAGCUACGUCCCCAACAAAUAGAGCAUUAUUAGCAACUUGAAUAUUAUCUCCCCCUAUUAUUUUUUCAACCAGGUUUCUGAUUUUUUUUUAAAAUCUUAAUUAAAAAAAACACAUUGAGGAAAGGCAAUCAGCCUUUGGUACUGAGAGUUGGGAUUUUCCAAAAGUCCAGUAAAUGUAAUAAAAGUGUAUGGUAAUGACAUCACAGAAUGCUACUUCAUGGGAUUAUCACCGAAGUAUCUUGGCUUCACUACCUUUUAAACUCCUGUAACAAACUGUGAUUUAGCAGAGUAUUAUGAUUGCUGUGUAUGAAUGUGUACAUGACUUUUGAGAAGAAAACAAUAUUUACAUGCAGAUGUCUAAGCCUCUUGAUGCUGAAAAUUUGGAUGACCCUAGAAUGGAAACCACUGCAGGCAGUGGCAGAUGCUGGGGUUGUCAAGAGGUAUGUGGGCAUUUUAUUAAGGCAGCUAAGUCACAUACAUACUUUCCAUCAGCAAAGUAGAUGUUUUCCUAUCUUUGCACCACAACAGUCAUGAUUAAUGUUCACCAUUUGAAUGGAAAGUGUACUGAGUAAAAAUACAUCUGCACUUAUUGCUAGAUAUUGUGACACUGAAGCAUUUGAGGGGUGAUCAUUAGGAAUUAGUGCUAGACAGAACUUUAGUUUAUGAGUAGUAUCACCUGUAUAACAACUGUGACCACAUAAUUUAAUUAAAAAUAUUCAGAGUGGUCCUAAUCCAAAGUUUCUUAUAUGCAACGAUCUCCCCACUGACCAGAUGGACAAGGUUGUGAGUUGUGAAGCACUACUCAUCUAAUAGCAUGGGGCGGGGGAGAGAGCACUACCUCCACCCUCUAAAUGGGUGAUCAGCAUUGUCAGAGUUAACACCACCAAUCAUCUGUUUGUAAGCAUGACCUAGCAAGAAGCACCAAAUGUACAGCCCGUUUCUAGAUAUGGGGUCCCCCUUCCCCACACAAUGCCCUUUGUAGCAUAGGAUCUACACAUGGAUCAGACUUGCUAGAUUAGACCAAAUAGGUCUCUCAGCGGUUUAAGACUUUUCAUAAUUAGGCUGAGCUGCAUCUCACAGCAGUUCUUAUUUUAGCUUCUUCCUAAUGCAUACGAAAAUCUUUUUGGACAUAAUAAAAUCAUCAGGGUAUUAUAUUUCAA